AUGGUCAUCUUCAACAGCCUCGUCCUGACGGGCGUUCUGGUCUCAUCAGUCUUGUACAUUUUUGCGUCCAGGAUCAAGACCUAUCUCCGGCUCCGGCAUAUCCCCGGCCCUGCCGGGGCGGCACUGUCUCGAUCAUGGAUUUUCAGAAAAACCAUGGCGGGCAGGAUCCCAAAUGCGCUCGCCGAAGUCGCCGGCAAGUAUGGACCGUUGGCAAGGGUUGGACCGAACUGGCUCAUCUGCAGCGACACCAAAGAGAUCCGCCGGAUGUGGUCCGUCCACUCAGGCUGGCACCGCGACGUCUGGUACAACGGCUUCCGCUUCGACCCAGCCAACGACAACAUCCUCACCGCCAACGAGAACAAAGUUCACCACCGCAUCCGCAGCAACGUCCUCCCGGGGUAUAACGCCAAAGGAAUAACCACACAAGAAGGCGUGAUCGACACCCAAGUCGGGAAGCUUCUGGGGCUUAUCGAGAAAAAAUACGUCUCCUCCAAGGAAACCGGCAUCCGACCCAUGGACAUGGCGCGCAAGUUCCUUUACUUCACCCAAGACACCACCUCCGCGCUGGGGUUCACCACUCCCUUUGGGUAUCUGGAUGUUGACGAGGAUUUCAACAACACGAUCAGCACCCUGGAGGGCAUGAUCCCCACCGUCACCACCCUCGGAUUGUUUCCGGUGACUAUCUCCUUGAUGAACAACCCCCUGGUGAAAAGCCUGCUGCCCAAACCGCAUGACAACAACGGGAUGGGAAAGCUGCUUGGGCUGAUCAAAGACAGGGUUGAUGCCCGGUACGAGAACAAGGCCAAAGGGGAGGAGGACAUCCUCCAGCGGUUUGUGGAGAGUAACCUCUCUCGUCAAGAAGUCGAGGCGGAGGUGAUGAUCAUGCUGUUUGGGGGGACCGACACUACCGCCACGGCGCUGAGGAUGACGGUGUUUUAUCUUUCGACCACCCCCGCCGCGUACGGUGCUCUUCAGGCGGAAAUCGACAACGCGAUCAGGUUGGGGAAGGUCACCAGGCCGGUUAUUGCUGACGCUGAGGCGCUCGAACUAGGUUAUCUGAAUGCGGUCAUCAAGGAAGGGUUGAGAAUGUGGCCGCCUAUCUCGGGAUUGCAGCUCAAGUGCUCGGACAAGGAUGAUGUCAUUUGCGGAUAUCAAGUCCCCGCGGGCACGGCAGUGGGGAUAUCUGAGUUUACCGUCAUGAGGGAUAAGAGUGUUUUUGGGGAAGAUGCAGACAGGUUUAAUCCGAGCAGGUGGGUGGAGGAGAGGGACCCCAAGAGGUUGAAGGAGAUGGAGUUGACGCAGGGGUUGGUGUUUGCUUCGGGGACAAGGUGGGAGUGCUUGGGGAAGAAGUUGGCGUAUACCGAGUUGAGAAAGGUGUUGUUCGAGUUGUUUUUGAGAUAUGACUUUGCCAUGACUGACCCGGCGAAGCCGUUUGAGUAUUGGAACUAUGGGGCGACGCUGCAUGAGCAUAUGAAUGUGACGAUUACGAGGAGGGAGGCUUGAGGCGAAACUUUGGGUGCGGUGAAGGCAAAGGCUAUCCGGUGGUUGUUUCUUCACUCCUACUAUGUAUUCAGAAGCGCUUCCGAGCUUUAUCAAACGUUGUAUCACGAUCGAAUAAACGUCGUUCAUACUUGCAACCAUCCAUGUCGUCCCAACCCCAUCACCUCACCCAUCAUGCUCCCCAACCUCGACAAACCCCCACACCGUCGCCCUGUCCGUUCCCGCCAAGUACCACCUCUCCUUAUUCACCGUCCCAUCCGGCACAAUCGACACAUCCACCCACCUCAAAGUAUCCCAAUGCUUUAUCAACAACACAUACCCAUCCCUCUCUUUCUCCUUCCCCCCAGCUCGAUCCACAAACGGAACCCUCCUCACGCAAAACCACUCCCAUGCUUUACAGUGCUGAGCAGUCGCCACCACCUCCAGCUUUCCAUUCUGGCCCAGAUAUGUCCCACUAGCCACAUUCCUAAAACCAAGCCAUCCUUCCUUGGUGAUGCACUCCCAGAACCAACACCCAGUCGUCACAUUCAUCCGCCGUAGCUCCUGCAGCUUGAGCUGCCCCCCACAUAGGGUCAUGGCCCU